AUGAAUGUCAUCGAAUGGGCGUUCGGAAAGCGCAUGACGCCCGCGGAGCGUCUGCGCAAACAUCAGCGUGCCCUAGACAGAACGCAGCGCGAACUGGACCGCGAACGGACGAAGCUGGAGAACCAGGAGAAGAAAUUGGUGCAGGAUAUUAAGAAGAGUGCCAAGAAUGGCCAGAUGGAAGCUUGCAAGAUCCAGGCGAAGGACCUCGUGCGGACACGAAGAUAUAUCCAGAAAUUCUACCAGAUGCGCACACAACUACAGGCUAUUUCUCUCCGGAUCCAGACUGUGCGGAGUAAUGAACAGAUGAUGCAAUCCAUGAAGGGCGCAACGCACCUCCUGGGCAGUAUGAACCGACAGAUGAAUCUCCCUGCACUGCAGCGGAUCGCGAUGGAGUUUGAGCGCGAGAACGAGGUCAUGGACGAACGGCAAGAGAUGAUGGACGACGCAAUCGACGAGGCGACGGGGAUGGAGGGCGAGGAGGAGGAAGGAGAAGAUGUCAUGCGGGAGGUGCUGGACUCGCUUGGCGUCGAGCUCGGCGGCCAGCUGGGUGAAACACCUACCGACAUACAAACGGCAACCAAAGAACGGACUCCUGUUGCGCAGGCAGUCGGCGGCGGUGGAGGUCCUGCCACUGAUGAUGACGACCUCCAGGCCAGGUUUGAUGGUCUUAGACGAUGA